AUGAGUGACGUACCAUUCGCGAAGAUGGAGCCCAUCACGGUGGAUCCGGAUUUUUAUGCUAUGCACUCCAGCUAUCACACCGAGCCGCAAGAUUUCGCUUCGGAGACCACCUCUCUUGCGUCCACAAUCGCAAAGGGUCGCCUCGAAAACGGCCGCAGAUAUCAAGCUAUCAAGGAUGAUGAUUACUGGGGACCCUCUGAUGAGCAGCAAUUUGAAGCCUUUGAGAUCGGUCAUAUGGUGUUCCUAGUGUUAGAUCACAACGAGCCAAACCCGCUUUUCCGCGCUCCUAUCGGUGACUCGCCCAAGAACAUUCUAGACAUUGGAACUGGCCAGGGCAGCUGGGCAAUUGAUGUUGCCGACCUCUAUCCCACAGCUACCGUUGAUGAUAUUCUCCGCGAGUGGACAUGGAGAGAGCCCUUCGAUUUCAUCCACCUGCGUCUGAUGUACGGCGCCUUUGAUCCUGCUGGCUGGGAGAAGGUGUACCAACAAGCCUACGACGCCCUCGAGCCCGGCGGUUGGAUCGAGCAAAUGGAACUAGACGUGCGCGUCUACAGCGACGACAAAAGUCUGAAACCAAGUCACGAGCUCUACGGCUGGGGCGACAUGUUCAUCGGCUGCUCCGAACGCGCCGGCGACCGAUCCCUCCGCACCCACGAGACAAUGCGCGGCGCAAUCGAGAAGGCCGGAUUCAUCGACGUCCACGAAGUCAAAUACAAGAUUCCCCUCGGACCCUGGGCCAAGGAUAAGUUGUUGAAGGAGGCUGGCCACCUUCAGUUUGCGCACUGGAAUGCUGCGCUGGAGGGAUGGGCUAUGUGGCUGCUCACACACCACGGUAUGCCGGAGCCCUGGACUAAGGAGGAGGUUCAGGUCUUCCUUGCUAAGAUCCGUACUGAGCUGAAGAACCCGCACAUUCACGCUUAUGAGCCUGCGAACCGUGUUUGGGCGAGAAAGCCUACCCUGGAGGAGCAGAAGGCCAGGGAGGAAAAGAACAAGGUCAAGGUCAAGGUCGAACCCUCGACUUAA